GGGGUCAGCUCGGUGUUACUCGCAGCCCCCUCCCGCCCCUUACAGGAAGGACCCCCAGCCCCGCAGACUGGCAGAGCUGCUCUCCAAUACCCGCACCGGCCGCAACUUCUUCCCGGGCCUCAGCGACUCCUGGAGGAACCCCUGGGACCCCCGAAAGUCUGCACACCGGAGGGAAGCCUCAGGGACUGGAGAGGAGACCCCCGGGGACCAGGAACUGGGACAGUUCAGGAGAGGGACAGCAUGGAGCUUCUGGCCGGAUAAAACAGCGGAGAAGUCUAAGAUGAGCAGCUUGGCACAAUGUCUUAGCCGGGUGAUGUGUCUUCUCGCUGUGACUGCCGUCUCCGUGUCGCUGUCUUCUCAUUCAUGGAAGGAGGAGGGUGUCGUUUAUGGGAAGGUUGGAGACACAGUGACACUGAGGUGCAGCAGCAGACAUGCCAGUUCACAGGUAGAGUGGAGGUUCAAUGGGUCGCCCAACAUCACAUGGGGGUUUGUUAGUACACUAGGAGACCUGGAACUUCCACCUCUAGGACCUUCCGUGAUGGGAAACUACAGCUGCUAUGACCGGUCCGGGGAGAUGCUGACCUCUGUGAUGCUAAAAGUUGGAUAUCCUCCUGGGAUUCCCUCCGUUUCCUGCCGAGCCGCAGAUUAUCACAACUUUUCCUGUUCUUGGACCUCCAGCGUGGAGACGUCGCUGCCGACCAGAUUCCUCGCGUCGUACCGGGUGGACAGGGGUAACCCGGAGAUCUGUCUGCAGGACGCCCAACGUCCCAACAUGUGCUCAGUGUGGAGCUCCAAGCUGUGGACGUCCUACCAGAUGAACAUCACGGAGGAGAACCCGCUGGGCUCCAGCUUCAGGAUCCUGGAGUUCACCGUCCAGUCCAUAGUUAAGCCAGAUCCCCCAGAAAUCCUGUCAGCGGAGCCGAUCCCUCAUGCUCCUAGACGGCUGCGGGUCACUUGGGAAUACCCCUCCACGUGGCCCCAGGAGCCACAUUUCCAGCUGAAGUUCCGUCUUCAGUACCGGCCUGUACUUCAUAUGUUGUGGUCCACGGUGGAGACGGCCAACCUAUCGGACAUCAUCACCGACGCGUUCAUGGGCAUGGAGCACAUUGUGCAGGUCAGCGCCAGAGAUUUCCUGGAUGCUGGUAACUGGAGCGAAUGGAGUGUGGAAGCCAGAGCCACGCCGUGGACCAACACAGAGGAACCAGAGGUGGCCUCAAACGUCACUAAUGAAACCACUACAGAGGAGCCCGAACCUCAAGUCCAGGAACCUAUCGACCCCGUGGAGAAAGUGGCCGUUGUAGUAUCUCUGGGGAUUUUUGCUUUCGUAGUGCUUGUCGUUUUCUUGGCUAUUGGCGCCCUCAUCUGGGUAAGAGUUGGAAGGACAGUGAAAGAUGGCGGAAUCAAGACAAACUUUCUGACAGCCAUUCAUCUGAAGACUCUGCCCAAGAACCAGAUUUUAUAGUCACCUUGAAACGUCGGAAAUGGCUCCCAAGCAGAAAUGUGACGUCAAGUAUCUUCAGCUCUCCUCAUCUCUAAGGAUAUGAGUUGAAAGAAUGACUUUUGUCAGAAUGGAGAAGUUGCAGUUCAAGGACUGUCCACCAGGCGGCAGACACGCAUCUUCUGUCCGGACGGGUGGACUUGUGGACUGUACGGCGGAGGAUCAGAGCAUUCAAUGCAGAGCAUCCUCUUCUUCAGAUGGCAGCUUGUUCAUGAUACACUCUCCGAUGACAACCUGGUAUUAUCCCCAGCGAGGCGCCACUUUGAUCGGGCUGGAGUUCAGUGAACUGUUUUUUGCUGCUAUCACAUAGACCUUUCUUCACAAGACAAUGCACUCCACACCUGCUCUUCUCGCACACCAGCUGAUAACAGAGAACAGAUCGCACACUACCUUGUGGCAUUCAAGAUUUAAGCACAAUUUUUCCUAUGUAGCUCUAUAUGAUCAUAUCCUAGCGCUGACAAAGCAGUUCAUGAAGCUAAACGAGGUCCAGGUUCUCCCAGGAUCCUCGUAUCUUCUCACUCAGCACAUGCAUGCUACCACGAAGGACUCCUGAUUGGUGUGUUGGGACUGGACACCAUGUUUAGGGGUCAGUAAAUCACUGCCAUAAAGUAACCGUGUGGGAUUAUGAAGAGAUCCUGCCGGUUACGCCAACUUUGCUUCCCCCACAAUCACUGGUUAAUCGGUGGAACCUGGAAAUGUCUCUGAUCUUCUCUAUUUUUACUUCAUUUACUUCCAUAUUGCCAGGCUGGUUCCUCGUGUUGUUGUGUAGUAUGGUGUGACUUCGCUCAUUAUGUCCAUGGUAUCUAAGUGUAUAUACCCUCAGAUCUCCUCGGCGGUGUCAUACAAUCGUCUGUAGACAUGAGAGAGUUAUUUGCAGAUCCGUCCAAUUUUUGUUUUCCUGACGUUCUUAUGACUAUGGCAGGCCAUAGACAUUACGCUGGUUGUAGGUCCUACUAAAAUUGGAUGGCUAUUCCAAUAAAUAUCUCAUGUCUAUGACCAGUUUUAGUCUUGUGUGACUGCCCUGACUGCCUCCAUGUUGUGUGAUUGGAUAGCCUCCAUGGUCUCAUGUGGCUAGACCAUCCUCUAUCUCGUGUGGCUGCCCUGACUCCCUCCAUGGUCUCAUGGAGCUAGAAUGUCCUCUGUCUCAUGUGACUGCCCUGGCUCCCUCUAUGUCCAUGUUGUGCUCCUGGACUGUCCUCCUCAUUAUACUACCAUAGCAUCGAUGGUGGUGUAAGAUACCUAUAUAUACUUCAUUAUGUUUGUCAUAUUGUUAAUAUUAUAGAGCUUUUGUGACAUGAAGCAGGUCUCAUCCUAAUGGAUCUACUCCUCUCAAGAGGAUCUUGGUCGUCAGCUGCUUCGAAACUGAAUUACGAUACUUGGUGGAAUAGGAAAUAUUCUGCUGCCAAACAGAUGAUUCUCUACGUUUAUGCCCCUGAGGUUACUUGGUGGCAUGUCUUGAAGGCCAAGGCUAGACUAAGGACAAUAAUGCCAAAUACCAUAUACCUGACAUAAGAUAGUUAUCAGUCUCAGCCACAAUUUUUCACUAGUAUAGUCAGUGCUGUGCAACUCUCAAUGACUGCGCCAUCAUGGAUCCAUUGUGUCUGAGGGUAGGUCACUGUCAGAGCACUAUAGGAUUAAGCAUCAGCUACCUACCUGCUCACCAUGUUGUGUCCAACUUCUACACUGCUAUGAGCACAGGAAUUGUUUUCCAGUAUACACUACACUUUUAUAGGUAAUGUUAAGGCAAGGAAAGAGAUUUUUUAAAAUAUACAUUUACUAAAAAUUUUACAAUUUUUGAUGAAUCCAAUAUUCUCCUCUGUAGAUGACUGGUCUCCUACAUAGAUGGCCUCUCUUUUUCUCUGUAGGUGGCCGAUCUCCUUCUCCGUAGAUGGACAAUCUCCUCCUCUGUACAUGACUGAUCUCCUCCUCCUUAGAUGGCUGAUCUCCUCUGUAGUUGGCCGAUCUCCUCCUCUGUAGAUGACAGAUCUCCUUCUCUUUAGACGGUCGAUCGACUACUCUGUAGAUGGCCAAUCUCCUCUGUAGAUGACCGAUCUCCUCAUCAAUAGUUGGCCGAUCUCCUCCUCUUUAGACGGUCGAUCGACUACUCUGUAGAUGGCCGAUCUCCUUCUCUGUAGAUGGCCGAUCUCCUUCUCUGUAGUUGGCCGAUCUCCUUCUCUGUAGUUGGCCGAUCUCCUUCUCUGUAGUUAGCCGAUCUCCUUCUCUGUAGUUGGCCGAUCUCCUUCUCUGUAGUUGGCCGAUCUCCUUCUCUGUAGUUGGCCGAUCUCCUUCUCUGUAGUUGGCCGAUCUCCUUCUCUGUAGUUGGCCGAUCUCCUUCUCUGUAGUUGGCCGAUCUCCUCCUCUUUAGACGGUCGAUCGACUACUCUGUAGAUGGCCGAUCUCCUCCUCUAUAGAUGGCCGAUCUCCUCCUGUAGAUGGCUGACCACUUCUGCUGAUCUCUACACCCCUUGGUUUGCUAUUUUGCACAGAUUUCACAGUGAUAAUUACUUGUAAGGAGCAUUCAGUUGAGCUGUGGGGUCAUGAGGGAUUGCUACCAUUAUGUAUGAUCUUGGACAUGAUGAGUGAAUGUAAAGUGGGCCAUAUUAAUUAGAUAUGCUCAUACUCAUACACAUACACGCCAAGCUGAGGCCGCUUAUCACCCUGGAGAACAUAGGGUUUGACUGACAUUCGCCUAAUGCGUACGGACAUCAGCCAUUGUGACCCCAGAACCACACACUACAUCCUCAUAAGAUCCACACCCUACAUCCUGGUGCUUCCAACCUUUUAGUUGCAUCUAUAUAAGUCAUAGGAGUAGCAAGGCUUGAGGGUUAGACAUGGAAGUCCUGAUACUAUUAAACCUAUACUUAAAAGGGUUUUACAUGUUUAGUUCUCUUCUGAGUUGUUGGGUCGGUGGUUGGAAAUUUUGCUGUUGAUUUCAGUGGUGCAGUGUUGGGCCUAAGAAACGGGCCAGCAUUUGGUUGGGUGCCGUCAGAACCCAGAACAUGUCCAUUACCAUUUCAGCUAUUAAUUUUUAUUUAAAGGGAAAGCGAGAGAAGUGAUCAAGUUCUUGUAGAUCACACGGGUUCUAGUCAUAGGAUGGGGUCACUGUGUACUGUAUGUAUUACAGCUGGGACGAGUGCUGCCCACUGUGACCGGGCGGAUGAUGUAACGUGGGGUGAGGAGUGGGGCACAGGGCUGAAAAAUUAUCCAUAAUGCCCACGGUGCAUCAAAAAUACUUGCCCCAUUUUUGAGUGGCAAACCCCACGCCAAAGAAGCUGUAACAGAUGUUGUGAUUGACACCAUGUUGCAACGUCUGAGACUAUGUUACGUCUGGCACCACAUACAAUGUCUGACACCAUAUUACAGCAUCUGAGACCAUGUUACGACGUCUGACCCCUUGUCUGACACCAUGUUCCAUUGUCCGAGACCAUGUUACAACGUCUGAGACCAUGUUACAACGUCUGAGACCAUGUUACAACGUCUGAGACCAUGUUACAACGUCUGAGUCCGUGUUACAACGUUUGAGUCCGUGUUACAACGUCUGAGACCAUGUUACAACGUCUGAGACCAUGUUACAACGUCUGAGACCAUGUUACAACGUCUGACACCUGUUACUAAUCACUAUGUUGCUGAUUUUAAGCUCUUGUUCUGGCCGGGGAGGAUCUGACCGCAGUGCGCUUCCAUGGGAUGAGGGGAAAGGAAGUCUGCUGUGCGCAGGGGAAUGUCUUCCCUCCGUAAUGAUCUCAGCCAUCUCCUGUUCCUGCUACUUCUAUAUGUGUCUUAUAUUGUAAGAUUUAUUAUAUAGUUACAUAGUUAAUACGGUUGAAAAAAGACAAUCGUCCAUCAAGUUCAACCAAGGGAUAGGUGGGGACACAAGACGAGCAGCCGUGGACACAGGUUCAGAUAAUAAACACUAUAGAACUCACCGGACCACAUACGUACGGCAGCUGCGUAUAUUGGCGAUCACCGGAUUGAAACGCUGGAGCACAGUCAAACCAAGAAAAAAAAUCCAGCGUCUGAAACAUUUUGAAAACUUUAUUUUUUGUAAGAAAUUCUAAAAUUACAGAAAAAGCAUCGGGUGCAUGAGUUUAAAAAGAAUUUAAACCGUCCACCCAAUGGUUUUUCAACAAAUAAAGUUUUCAAGAUUUUUAAGACGCUGGAUUUUUUCUUAGUUUUUAUUCUUGGUUCAGAUAUUAACUUCAUUAACGAGGCUCCGGAGACGCAGAUCCUUCCACUCCGAUCUCUCAUGGAAUACGAUGAGAAAAUCAGUAGAACUUUUGCAAAAGUGAUGCAAUAUGAGCAGAUGUCGAUGGGCUCUCAGUGAUCGAGGGGACCUGCCUCUCCAGCGCCAUCUGUUGGGCUCAGGGACGCACCCGCUUGGAUUGCUGAGAUCCCAUAAUGCAUUGCACUAAGCGAAGGCGUGGCGUUUUCUAUCUGCCGCACGCCUCCCCUGUAAAGCGCUACAUCCUCCAACAUGCUUUGUAAAUGCCAUGGACCUGCAGGGGGCAGCAGUGAGACACGGGCGGAAGAGGACGCUCGGCCCGUGUCUGUGUAGUCACAUUUUUAUUGUAUUGUAUGACGCCAUUUAUUCCUUCCCCCGGUGUAUAGGGCGUCCUGUACAUACAUGUCACGUUACAUAUGGACAGUAUCUGUCCCCGUGGAGCUCGCCGUUGAUCUGUAUAUCUAAGUUAGAUGAAUCUCCGUCACUUUCCGUGUCCGUUUGUUGUAGAAAUUCAGAGCUUGUCGCCAUGAAUCUCCUGUGACUACCCGCUGUUCAUCUGUAGCCAUAGAAAUCUGUCAGUGUCGUCGGUGUCUUAUACCGUAGCCGUCCCCUGUCGUCACCCUCCCCCACAUUAUGGUGUCUAUUAACCGUUUGUGCCCUGUAUAUAUAUCAUCUAGUCUGUGUUCUCGUUUUUUACUCCUCGUGUAUCCAGGACAUUGUAAAAAUAAAGCUGCGGUGGUGAUGACGAUGA